AUGUUGUCGGCCCCCCAGCGACCAGCCCGCCAUAGCAACUGGUUCAUACGCCGCCGCCGGAAGCACCACGAAACUGGUCGCCGACAUAUCAUUGCCGCCGGAAUCAUCACGAAAUUGGCCGCCUCCGCAAUCGCCGUGUUGGAUUUCCGAGUUCCGGCGAACAGCUUGUUUGAAGCUUCUUUCAAGCCGUGGUCAUCUUCACCGAGUUCGUGGAGCUCCAAGUCGCAGGGGCUGGGCGAUGAAGAUGCCGACGAGCGUCGGACAGAAACCUACUAUUGCAGUCGGAGAUGGUGUAGCCGUGUCGGAAUCGGGGUCGGACAGGGCGAAGACGAGCUGUUACACAGUGGUCGACGACGAGACUGA